AUGACAGUAGAGGACGAAGAAGGCCGGUCUUUCAUAUCAGACCAGGAAACUUCAUGGGAUACGGCUUGGGAUGAAGAGAUCGCCAAUCGCACAGCCGUCAUGGUCUUUUCAAGUGGCACGACAGGAAGUCCCAAAGGUUGGUUGCACUUGUCUACUGGUGGAAGAGGCUGGCGAUUUGAACUACCAAAGCUCCCUUCAGGCGUCUGUAUUUCCCAGAGAAAUAUCAUCUCCAUGAUCCUCCAACUCAGACACCUCUUCCGUUCAAUCCGCAGUGGAAAGAAGGUCCUGAAGAUGGCCGGAAUCCUCGACAGUGCUCAUGUCGCCGGCUUGUUCCUUCAUUCCUUCAGCCCCUUGGGCGUCGGAGUCGAGGACAUUCUGGUCCCUGCCACCGACAUCGACCUGCUACUACAGACGUACAAUCGACAUCCCAUCGAGCUCAUGUUUUGUGUCCCCACGGUUCUGACGCGCCUUCUUGCCCACGACAAUUUUAGACGCACAGACUUCAAGAACCUCAAGUAUAUCACGACGGGAGCCGCGAAGACGACCCCGGUCGUCCAGCAGGAAAUCACCAGAGCUCUGACACCGGGCGUGUACUGUCAAGAGGCGUGGGGGAUGAUGGAGUUGACGUUCCUGGCUACCAUGCACGUCCCCGGUGUCCUUGGGCCUUGGAACAGCGUCGGUAAACCACUGUGUGGGAAUGUGAUCCAGAUUCGGGAUGAUCAGGGCAAGGUGGUGCCAGUGGGACAGACGGGCGAAAUCUGGGUUUCAAGUCCGACGGUCACACCUGAGUAUUACUUGGCCCAAGUGAACGACCAUGACGCCAAGAAAGAUGAGUGGCUCCGUACCGGGGAUUUGGGUUCGGUCGACCAAGCUGGCUAUGUCUAUGUCGAAGGCAGAAACAAGGACCUGGUCAAGUACAAUGGAGCACAAAUAUCGCCUCACGAGCUCGAGGGGGUUGCUCGUGAGCACGACGCCGUCCUCGACGUCGGCGUUGUCGGGCUUGACCUCGAAGACGGCAACGAGCUGCCAACCGCCUUUGUCGUUUUGAAGCCGGGCUCUCCCCUGGCCGCCAAUUCAGAGGAGAUACUGUCUUUUGUGAACAGUCGCCUUAGUCCCUACAAGAGACUAAGAGGUGGCGUGCAUGUCCUGCAAGAACUGCCCAAAAACGCCAUGGGCAAGCUCUCGUACAGAGACCUCAGGGAGCUAGCAAAGAAAUUACACAAGACUCCCCGGACUGCACGAUCGAAGCUAUAA